GACGACGACAACGAGACUGUCAUCGACUCGGACUUCGGCGACGAAGACAUCGACCAACACAUGCAAGACGUGAACCAAAUCGAGAGAGUGUUGAUCACUGAGAGUGAGACCAACUCUACGGACCACCGAAACAAUGGUCUGCGCGGGAAAGUGGAGGAAGUGGUCGACGAACGCGAGAUCGUCGCCGAAGAGAUCGUCGCUAAUUGUUUGGACGACGACCUCCUCAUGGGUUCACAACUGUUGGCCAAGAAGUACAAGAAGAAUGUUCUCAAAAGCGACACAAAUGACGCCAAAGAUUGUCACAAACGAUGUCAACGAGACAUUCAAAGAGAGAAAGACAUUAGAGUUGGAGUGGAGUUGGAGUUGGAGUUAGAGAGACAGCAAAGGAUUCAUUUCCAGAAACUAUAUGAACAUCACAUGAGUUAUUCCCUCCGCAAAGAGUUGGAUGACUGCAACCAAAUCAAGAGUUUGAAACUCGAGAUCUUAAAGUGUAAGCAAGAGUUGCAAUCAUUGAAACGAUCUCUAAGUGAUGGCAAUGAUGUCGACCUGAGUUUACACAUGGAAUCAACGAGUAGUGAAAUCAAAGAGGAAUUUAAUUGCGAGAACUGUAGCGAACACAUGAAGACCGAGGCGUCGCUGAUAUUUCAUCUCAUUAACCAUUGUAUCGGCGAAGAAGACGAACACAUGAAGACCGAGGCGUCGCUGAUAUUUCAUCUCAUUAACCAUUGUAUCGGCGAAGAAGAGUUCCGCUUAGAGACCACUGCCUUCAAGUUGGAUGAGUUCACGGCUUCCGUAUUGGAUGGCAUUCGGAAGAGUGUCGCCUAUUAUUGUCCGCGUUGUCUGCAAUCAUUCAAUUGUCUGGAAAUCUAUUAUCACGUCUAUAAAUGUCACACAAAAGAGAUGCCAUUGAUUUGUACCGAAUGUCACACAUAUUUCACUCAUUUAGACGUUUGGAGAGAUCACAACCAAUUCAUUCAUAACGGAUCCAUUCAAUCGGUUAUUUACGCCGACAUCGGGACAGUGGAGCGCCGGACAGCACAACCACUACCACCACCACCAGUACCCCAACGGACAUCUUUUGCCACAACCAGCCGACCAAACGGCCCGCUGACUACAUCCCGCACCAAUCAUUACCCGUCGUAUGCGACCAAUUGGUCGGACAUUAACACACGACCGCUAAACACACAAUCAUCCAAAACAACAAACAAUUACAGUGCAAACCGUAUGUCCGACGGCAGCUCCAGUCCCGAAGUGAUCAAUUUGUCUGAUUCACCGCCGCCUCCACCGAGAACUACGACCAAUACUACAACUACUGCUCCAAAGCCUGUGUGGAAGGCAAACACCAAUUCAUCAAACUUUUCGUGUGAUUUUCCCGACUGUGACUUCAAAACUAAUAGCAAAGACAAACUCCAGUUCCAUAUCAGCGCUCACACGAACUCCAAGUUUAAGUGUCCGUACUGUCCAUACGUGGGAAAUAUACUGAACGAUAUCUAUCGACACAUCCAGAAGAGCAAAAAGCACGAGAAUAUGCGCGUCUAUGAGUGUCGUGAGUGCUCUUAUGGGACCAACUGUUUGUCGUCAUUCAAAGAGCAUUUAAGUCGAAAGCAUUUCGACGAUUCCGACGAAGAGGACGAAGUGAACGAAUAUAUAACAGACAUGUUUCGCAACCAUCACUCCACUGAUAACGGCAUUCAAAGUGAUUCCGAAUCGGAUUAA